ACAAGCAAAUCGUGAACUGAUUCAGAAUCAAUGCGGUGUGCAGCGGCGCUGCUGCCAUGGCUUGCAGUUUGCGCAAGAGCUGAGACCGUCGUCAGUUCCCAAAUCAUCCACUGCGAUGAUGCCAACGACUGCGAAGAUGCAAGCAACAUGCUGCUGCUGCAAGUGUCCUUGCAAUUGAAUACGUCCAAGGCUGAAGCUCCUACCCACCACGCAGAUACCAAGAGGACAGUCGCCGGCGACUUGCAAGAGCUGGACUUGCGCCAGUUGCGCUCGGAGAUGGGCCAAGUGCUGGGAGAGAGCCAGCUGGAUGUCAAGCUCGCCGCGGUGGUGAUCGUGGUCACCGUGGCCAUGACGCUUUGGUUCCUCCGUAGCAGCGCAGACUCUGCCGGGCAAGGUGUGGCCAGUGAUGAGGCGUCGUUCUUUGCUUGCUACUUCAUCGUUUUCAUGGAUGCCUUUGGCUUCGGCAUCUUCGCGCCCUUUGUGCCUGUUCUGGCAAAGACCUUUGGCAUGAACGCGCGGAGCGUUGCAGGUUUGCUGACGGCCUUCUCCUUUGCGCAGGCUUUCAACACGCCAGUCUUCGGCUACUUGUCGGACCGCAUCGGCAGACGGAAGGUGCUGCUGAUUGCUGUGGGCGGCGAGGUCCUUGCCUACACUGUGCUGAGCUGCGCAAGGACCUUCACUGGGCUUUUGAUGGGCUACGCUGUGGCCGGCGCUGCCUCGGCCACGAUCGGAGUGUGCAACGCCUACAUCGCGGACAUCACAACUGAGGAUGAACGCCCUGUGCGGAUGGCACAUGUGAACGGCAGCAUUGCUUUGGGCAUCAUGACUGGCCCCAUGGUGGGCGGCCUCAUCAGCGAUCAAGGCUUUGCGUCUGCCUGCCGCAUUUGCUCUCUCCUGGCUGCAUCGAAUUUGACCUUCACCUGCUUUUGCCUGAACACGCCCGUCAUCAAGGCACCGUUGCGGCCGCCCACGCCGAAGAAUGGGGACAAGGCGGCGGAGUCGCCGAGUAUGCCGGCGCUGGCCUGGGUGCUGUGCGUUGGCGCUUUCCUUGGCGAGGCUGGAAUGGCUGCCUGGGAAAGUUGCGCCGCUCUCUAUCUUAUGGACCGCUACUUUUGGGCAUACCCCGCGCCAGCGACCUCCAGCUCCCAGUUCUUCGCGGGCAGUAUGGCCGCUACUGGCGUGACAGUGAUCUUCGUCACCGUCUUCCUCUUCCCGUGCAUGAACGCCUACUUCAAGCAGUGGUAUACAGUCUGCAUUGGCACAACGGUGCGCAUUACGGGCUUCGUGUGUUUGGCCGUGGCCCCCACCAAGUGGAUCUUCCUCAUGGGGCAAGGUAUGAUCUGCAUUGGAGACAACCUGGGUGGCCCCAAUCAGUCAUCCCUGCUGACAGAAGUGGCUGGACCAUCUGCGUAUGGCACAUGCCUAGGUGCCCAGUCCGCCUUCCAAGCCAUGGCCCGAGUCUUUGGCCCUAUCAUCUUCGCCUCCCUCUACGAGGACUUCAGCCACUCUGCGCCGUGGCUGGUUGUAGCAGCACUUGGCUUGAUCUCUGCCAGCUUAUGGUUCUACGCGUUCAGUGCGAGCAGACAGCAGCUGGAGAAUGACAUCCCCGCGAAAACUGCAGCGUGAUGACAGCUUCAAUUGUAUCAAUUUCCCUCUUGAGGACCUCAGCAAAAGCAUGGUCCUUGGAUUGCAAGUAGUGCACGUGUACAGGCCGGAGAGUACAUGUCUGUCAGGAACAGGCAGCUACUUGUUCUUUUGCUAGCAAGAGCUGCCCACUUUGCACGCUUUGGAUGAUGCUUGAGGUGUGGCUAAAGGAAGGCCGCGAUCGCUGCUCUUGAAGCAGGAGUUGACAUGAUAAGU